AGCUGAAAGUCGCUGUUUAUAUCUGGUAUACGUAAACAUUAAUUUACUUAAGAUGAGAAAAGCUGAAUUGGUUUUCAGAGUAACCCCAGCUCCAGUUGAAGUCAUGGAGACUCAGAAUGUAACCCAAGUGGUCCUGCUUGCCUGCGGGUCCUUCAACCCCAUCACCAACAUGCACCUGAGGAUGUUUGAACUGGCCCGGGAUCAUCUGGAAGACACAGGUCUGUACUGUGUGGUAAAAGGAAUCAUCUCUCCGGUGGGUGAUGCUUAUAAGAAAAAAGGUUUGAUUGAGGCCUUCCACCGUAUUGAGAUGGCAAGACUGGCAACAGAAAGCUCAGGCUGGAUAACAGUAGAUUCCUGGGAAAGCUCUCAGCUGGAGUGGCUGGAGACAGCUAAAGUUGUUCGGCAUCACUACGAGGAGCUUUUUGCAGCAGAGUACAACAAGGAUGAUGUGGACACAGUCAAGUAUGGAAAAAAGAGACGCAUAGAAGAUAAUUAUUUUGAGGGUUCAUCUCAUCAUAAAAGAAAAGAUGGCCCUCAGCUGAUGCUGCUGUGUGGAGCUGAUGUCCUGGAAUCCUUUGGGAUUCCCAAUUUGUGGAAGGAGGAGGAUAUCGCUGAGAUUGUGGGCCGCUACGGUGUGGUUUGCAUCACCCGCAGUGGCAGUGACCCACACAAGUUCAUCAACCAGUCAGACUUGCUGUGGAAGUAUCGCAAGAACAUUCACAUCGUCCACGAAUGGGUGACCAACGAGAUCUCAGCCACCCACGUGCGCCGUGCAUUGCGUCGAGGUCGAAGCGUCAGAUAUCUGCUGCCUGACAGCGUUGUUCAUUACAUCCAAGAACACGAUCUGUACAGCUCUGAGAGUGAGGAGAAGAACGCCGGUGUGGUCCUGGCGCCCUUUCAGAGAUACACAGGCACCUCAUCGAACAGGUGUGCCUUUCCAGUGCAAUCCUUACUCAGAGAGCGGGUGUGUCACUGCUUUGAGAGGAGAGGAGGAGAGCAGAUGAGGUGGUGGCACACCUAUCAUUAUAUCUUUGUCUCAGAACUCUGCAGUUUGAGAAUCACAUUUAACUCACAUUUCUCCGAAGAGAAUAACAAAAGGGUGAUCAGUAUGCCUGCCAGUCUUUGUGGUUCAUGGGACAUGAUCAGCAAUGUCAACUUUGAGGGUUACAUGGUUGCACUUGGUAUUGGCCCCUGGUUGCGAAAGAUUGCUCUGAGGUUGAAGCAAAAGAAAGUGAUUGAGCAUCAGGGGGACCAGUACAUCAUCAAGACUCUCAGCACUUUGCGAAACUAUGCCAUCUCCUUCAGAUUGGGCCAAGAGUUUAAGGAGUAUACUCAGGGACUGGACAACAGACAUGUCAAGUCAGUGGUGACGUGGGAAGGGAACAAACUGGUUUGUGUACAGAUCGGAGAGAAGAAGAACCGCGGUUGGGCUCACUGGAUUGAAGAUGACAAGCUCCACCUGGAGCUGUACUGUGAAGGAGAAGUCUGCAAGCAGGUGUUUAAGAAGAAUGUAAAUGAGUGAAGAGGAAUGAGAGACGCGUUUCGGAAUUCACCUAAUAAUGGAAGACAUUAUGUUUCAGAGCCAUUACUAUCAAUCCAGAGGUACAAAACCCACAAGUAUGUGGUAUUUUACCCACUACUGUCACUCCCAACAUUAAGGUCAUAAAGUUUGUACUGUGGUAUGCAUUCGCAUUUGCACCACUAGAUGGCAUCACUGUAAUACCUUUGUCAGGUGGUGUGAGAGGCAUUGGUAUCAAGAUUGUAAAAACUACAAAGCAUUGGCAAAGAUUAUUGAACCUUUCAGCUGGCUGAAAUGGAAAAAACAAGAGAAAGCAGAUUUUUUUUCUUCUAGCCAUCUCUAUUGUUUGUAUAUAGAAACUUUGGAUGGUGUGUGCUGUCGGUUGCAUAUUAGCCUGUGCUGUUUAUGAAAUUCUCAGGCAUGUCAAAACAUAUUGUUGUUAUUGUUGUGUUUGUUUUGAUGUUUCUUUUUAUGGACCUUGAGUCUGACAAAUAAAGGUGAUGAUGAUGAUGAUGAUGAUGAUGAUGAUAUAUGCCGUCCUAGUGGCAGCCUGUUGCAGUAGUUCCACGCAGUUGUGUUAGUUUAUUGUAUUUUAUUGCGUUUUUUGUGUGUUUUUCCACUUUACUUAUAUUGUAUAUUUUACUUCUAUUUUUUAUUCAUAGUUUAUGCCACGUAUGACACUGGACUACUGUAACAAAGCAAUUUCCCUUCGGGGAUAAAUAAAGUUGUCUGUCUGUCUGUCUGUCUGUCUAUAUAUCUAAUAAAACAUGCAGUUAGGUCCAGGAUAUUUGAAAUGCAGUUGUGUUCUAUGAACAUUUUUGUAAAAUAAAACAGAUUUGAAAGAAAUCACAUGUCAAGAAUUAAUCUUGCUGUGUUAUUUAUCAUACAUGGGGAGAGAAUAAAACUUUUAUAAUUCUGCUAUGAAUUAAAAUGUUUAUCUGAAUGAGUGCAUUUUGACUUAUAUAAUUACUAUAAUAGCAAGGAAAUUUGUGUUUUUCUCCCCUUUGAUAAUACCAAUUGAUGUUACACCAGUUGCUUUGAAAAGCUCGUUUAGUCCCCUUUGCAAUGGAAUAUAACUUGUAAAGAUCAUGCUUCUGUAGGAAAAAAAUAA